AUGUCGAACCGCCAACUCGCCCGCGACAUGCAGGUCGAAUUCCAAGCCCGCUUCCAGGCGAAGCAGGCCCGGCGCGAGGCCCAAAAGGCCGCCAAGCAGGACCCCAUCCUGCGCAAGCAGAUCCAAGACCUUCUCAAGAAGGGCGAGACGCAAAAGGCCUACCAAAAGGCCAAGAUGCUGCUCUCCAAGCAGGCGCUGGCCGCCCAGAUGGACCAGAUGGCCGACAUGGCCGAGCUGUCGGCCGCUCAGAUUCAGGCCAACAACGCCAUGAACCGCAUGACGCAUAUGAUGGCCUCGUCGUCGCGGACCAUGAACCUGGCACAGAAGAAUACCAACCCUGAAAAGACCCUCGUUACCCUGGAGCAGUUCAAGCAGCAAAACGAAGAAUACGCAAUGACAAACGGCAUCUACCAAGACGCAAUCACGCAGUCCACCUCGGUCCAGGUCGGCGAAGACGCCGUCCACGAGCUGCUCGGCAAACUGGCCGACGACGCCGGCCUGGAGCUCAGCUUCGAGCUCAACAAGGCGACGCCCGCCUCCGCUGAGCCGCAGACCGCGGAGCCGUCGGCCGAGGAAGAGGAUAAGCUGCAGCAGAGACUGAGGGCUCUGCGGGCUUAA